AUGCUAAAAAUCAUCAUUCCCACUAUUAUACUAAUACCCCUUACAUGAAUAUCAAAACCCAACAUGAUCUGAAUUAACACAACGGCCUAUAGUCUACUAAUUAACCUUAUUACUCUUUCAUUUCUCAAUCAAUCUAACGAUAAUAACUUAAACCUAUCCCUAUUAUUCUCCACAGACUCUCUCUCGACCCCUCUCCUAGCACUCACAACAUGACUCCUACCCUUGAUACUUAUAGCCAGCCAGCAUCACCUAUCAAAAGAACCACUAACUCGAAAAAAACUAUACAUUACAAUAUUAAUCUCCUUGCAACUACUCUUAAUCAUGACCUUCACCGCUACAGAACUAAUUAUAUUCUACAUCCUAUUUGAGGCAACUCUAGUGCCUACACUAAUUAUCAUUACCCGAUGAGGAAACCAAACAGAACGUUUAAACGCAGGACUAUAUUUUCUGUUUUAUACACUAACAGGAUCACUACCUCUUCUAAUCGCACUAUUGCACAUACAAAACAAUAUAGGCACGUUAAACCUCUUGGUCACCCAAUAUAUGACUCAAACUCUACUAGACUCCUGAUCUAAUAUUUUUCUAUGACUAGCGUGCAUGACAGCAUUUAUAGUAAAAAUACCCCUAUAUGGUCUUCACCUAUGACUGCCUAAAGCACACGUAGAAGCUCCCAUCGCCGGAUCCAUAGUUCUUGCUGCCGUACUCCUAAAACUAGGCGGUUAUGGCAUAAUACGGAUUACAACACUACUCAAUCCCCUAACAAAUUUUAUAGCCUACCCAUUCAUAAUAUUAUCGCUAUGAGGCAUAAUUAUAACAAGCUCUAUCUGCCUACGUCAAACAGACCUAAAGUCAUUAAUCGCAUAUUCUUCUGUCAGCCACAUAGCCCUAGUAAUUGUAGCUAUUCUCAUCCAGACACCAUGAAGCUAUAUAGGAGCGACCGCUCUAAUAAUCGCCCACGGUCUCACGUCAUCCAUACUAUUCUGCCUGGCUAACUCUAACUAUGAGCGCACUCACAGCCGAAUCAUAAUUCUAACACGAGGCCUACAAACCCUACUACCACUAAUAGCCAUGUGAUGACUACUAGCAAGCCUCACCAACCUGGCACUACCGCCCACCAUUAACCUAAUUGGAGAGUUACUAGUAGUAAUUACUUCAUUCUCAUGAUCUAACAUUACCAUCACCCUAAUAGGAGCCAACAUCAUCAUCACCGCCUUAUACUCUCUCUAUAUACUCACUAUAACACAACGCGGAAAAUACACUCACCACAUUAAAAAUAUCAAACCCUCUUUUACACGAGAAAAUGCCUUAAUAGCACUCCACCUGCUUCCUCUACUGCUACUAUCACUCAAUCCUAAAGUAAUUCUAGGGCCCCUAUGCU